AUGUACUCGUUGCAGGCUGGCCCCAUAUGGUCACCGGUAGGGAGCGAAUCCUAUGCUCACGACGUUUACAAGCCUGCGGUAGGCGGCGACUCCUUCUCCCUCCCAGGGCGCCGAGGAGCCCGCGCAUGCGCACAGCUGCACACCGGCCCCGCGGGUCGGGCAGAAAGAGGUGGAGCUCCCGGGGCGCGUGCGUGGCUGCGCGCACGCCCCUCCCACAGCGGGGGCGCGCGGCACGGAGGACCGCACGAAAAGGGGGAAGUCAGGUGGCUGCCGCUGCCGCUGCCGCCGCCGCCGCAAUUUGUCGCCAGAAGAAAGAUGGCGGAUCUAGAGGAGCAGUUGUCUGAUGAGGAGAAGGUAAGAGCUGCGGGGGCGACGGAACACGUCGAUCAGGAGCCCGCAGAGCCCCGGCGUAGCAGUCCGGAGUCUGGCCACCCGGGAGGGGCUUCGCCCAUUGCCUUUGCCCUCGGCUGCCCUUCCUUCCCCGCUUCCUCGCUGCGGUCUAGUGCCUGCCCCUGUCAGUCACCGAGGCCCUGCGCGAAAAAUAAUGUGGGAAACAUCAUAGCUCUUGUUGUUGUUACAGAUGUUCGAUUACUGCUUAACAAUGAUAAUCUUCUCAGGGAAGGAGCAGCCCAUGCAUUUGCACAGUAUAACUUGGACCAGUUUACUCCGGUAAAAAUUGACGGCUGUGAAGAUCAGGUAUUGAUAACAGAACAUGGUGACAUGGGAAAUGGAAAGUUUUUGGAUCCAAAAAACAGAAUCUGUUUCAAAUUUGAUCACCUAAGAAAGGAAGCCACCGAUCCAAGACCCUAUGAAGCAGAAAAUGCAAUUGAGUCAUGGAGAACUUCAGUAGAAACUGCUCUACGUGCUUAUGUAAAAGAACAUUACCCAAAUGGGGUUUGCACUGUUUAUGGUAAAAAAAUAGAUGGACAGCAGACAAUUAUUGCAUGCAUAGAAAGCCAUCAGUUCCAAGCAAAAAACUUUUGGAAUGGUCGUUGGAGGUCCGAGUGGAAGUUUACAAUCACUCCUUCAACCACUCAAGUGGUUGGCAUCUUGAAAAUUCAGGUUCAUUACUAUGAAGAUGGUAAUGUUCAACUAGUGAGUCAUAAAGACAUACAAGAUUCCCUGACAGUGUCUAAUGAGGUGCAAACAGCAAAAGAAUUUAUAAAGAUUGUUGAAGCUGCGGAAAAUGAAUACCAGACUGCCAUCAGUGAGAAUUAUCAGACAAUGUCGGACACUACUUUCAAAGCCUUACGUCGACAGUUGCCAGUUACACGCACUAAGAUUGAUUGGAACAAGAUCCUUAGCUACAAGAUUGGCAAAGAGAUGCAGAAUGCCUAA